AUGUUUAUUCGGCAUGCUAUAGUCAUGAUGUGUGUGUAGUAGAUUUUCAAGGAGUUGAAACAAAGUCGAAAAUAAAACUCUAAAAAAAAACAAAUUCUUCAUUUACACUCAAGUAAUUGAGUUAAAUUCUUACUAAAUAAGGCUAUAUUUCUAAACGAAGGUAAUUAUAAAUUAAUACAUUUUUACAAUAACUUUAUAAAUAUAUAAAUAAAAAAAAUAUGAUUUAAAUCCGAUUUUAAACUCUCUCUCUCUCUCCUCUCUGCCUCUAUUAUCAACAUCAAAAUAUUUAAGAGACGAAUUAACUUAUUCCGUCUCGUUUUGAUAAAGAUAAUCAUUUCUUUUCUAAUUUAGCUAACCCAACCCAGUUUUUUAUUUUCUCUUCUAGUUCUCUUCAUUUUAUAUGUAAUAUUUAUAUAAACUUAUUCAUUAUUCAUUAAAUAUUACGUUUAUAUCGUCAGCGUCUAAAAAUUCAUUUCUGCUGACUUAAAGGGAUAGGCCAUUUAAUAAAUUUAUCAAUAUUCUAUGUACAAGAUAAAAUACGUGAACAGGGUUUUAAAAUUGUUAGAAAAUUAAUAUUUAUAUAUAAUUUUGAUAUGAUUAUGUUAUUUUUUCAUUUUCAUUGUCAAAAUAAUUGAAUAUUUAGAUUUAGAGAUAAUAUAUUUUUAAAUGUAUAUUUAAUAAAAUGGAAUAAGAAAAAAGAGUUCUUUGUGUAAUAUAAGAUUGCUAAGGAUUAUUAAGUUCGUUGGUUAUGGGUCAUUAUCUAUGAGGGAAUAUGAAAAGUUUAGUUUUUAGGCAUACUGACCUAGUUCUUUUUUAUUUUUUAUUUUAAAGGAUUAAAGAAAAGUAAAUCAUGGCCUUCACAAAAGAUUCUACCAAAAAGAAAGUUAUAGAUCGUUUUGACAUUAAUCUAGACCAUGACAUUGAUGAACAAUAUCAAUAUGUUCCUGGUGAAGCUUUACGUGGACAUAUUUUACUCGUCCUAACUGACACAAUUAAGGUUAAGUCGAUUACAGUUCAAAUCAAAGGUGAAGCCAGCGUCUCUUGGGAAGAUUCGUCUCGAGAAACUGUAAGGGCCGAUGAGGUCUAUAUUGAUUUAACAUACGACGUCACAAAAACCACCCCAGGUAUUCCGUUGGCCCUACAAAAAGGAAAACAUAAAUUUCCGUUGGAGUACGUUUUGCCGUUGAAUUUGCCAUCUUCAUUUAUAGGAAAAUAUGGUUCUAUAACUUACGUUGUGAAAGCCACUCUAAAAGAAGAUAAACAGAUGGGCAUGAGCACAACAAUAACAUCGGAACCUUUUCUUGUGUUGAGACAUUUGGACAUAAAUAGCGAGGAAUCUUUGUCAAAGCAGAAGACUAUAAAGCAAGAAAAGAGAUUCUUUGGUACUUUUGCUUUUUGCAUUAAUGGUAAAGUGUCAGCUACAAUUGGUAUUAAUAAAACGGGCCAUUUUCCUGGGGAGGAUAUUUAUAUCAAUGCUCAUAUUGCUAACAAUUCACCGAGAGAUGUUCGAGGCGUUCAAGCUGCUCUAGUGAUGAAUAGUCGGUUUAAUGCGAAGCAUCAGCACCAAACCAAUGUUCAAGUUGUUAAUAAGAGACGUGACGAAUGGUCUUUGGAAGCUGGAGAAGCCCGAAAGUGGACAAACGUUAGACUAACCAUUCCGCCGUAUAUUCCAGAAUCCAGAUUGGAUGGUUGUGAUAUCAUUGACAUAAGUUACGACUUACAGUUUAUUGUCGAUAUUGCGUCAAGUAAAGGAAUAAUAAUGAAAGUUCCUAUAGUAAUUGGAACUGGUCAUACGCCUCCGUCUCCCGAAAUCCUUAGUGCAUCCGGUGUACCAAAUGCUCAAGAGUAUAUUCCAAAUGGAAAAACUCAUUCAACUGUGGAUCCCUUAGAUCUGACGAGGAUACCAGAGGAUAAAAAAUCCAAUAGAGUGAGUACAUCAUUUGUUCACGACGUAAGUGAUGUCAACGCCAACCUUGAAGAAGAAGAUGAUAAGGGUAAAGAGUUCAGAAGACCAAUGGUACCUGGUGAAACGCGACAAAACCCAUUGUACUCAGCUGCUGAAAACUAA